AUGAGGCGAUCUGCUUCUUCGUCCUGGCUCGCACGCGCCGUGCUCUUCCUGCCUAUUAUCGCAUGGUGCUUCCUGCUGCCAUGCUGUGCCGCUAGGCCCAAAGGCUUUAAUUUUCCAACCUGGUGGCGCGGACGAGGAAUACAGCCUCAAUCACCUAUGCCCGGGAAAUCAAGGGGACAGAAUCAUGACUACGCUCCGCUGCCAGAACUUGCGCCGCCCGGGCCGCCGAAGCAACAUUACUGCCCGGGGUGUGGCCAUGACUAUGCUCCACCGCCGUUGGUGGGUGCGGCACUUGAGUCGCCCGGGCCGCCGGAGCAACAUCACUGCCCGGGGUGUGACCAUGUCUACGGUCUGCCUCCGGCAGGUACGCCACUUGCGACGCCCGAGCCACCGAAGCAACAGGUCUGCCCGGGGUGUGCACAUGACUACACUCUGCCGCACAAGGCGGGUACGGCACUUCCGGUACCAUAA